AUGGGUAAAAUACCAUUUGACUAUUUGAGAUCAAUUUGCAGAACAAAUAAUGUCUACUCUUCUUUUGUAUGUUGCUGUAGAGCUCGGGUUCGGUAUUUUAGCCCAGAAUCAUCUAGGGUUCCGUUUUCAAAACCUAAUUUGAGCUCGUUUCCUUCUCUCUCCUCCGAUUCGCCGAAGUUGUUUCAGGGCGAGCCGUGGUUGCGGUUGAAUUAUCGGAGAUAUGUUGCUCGCGCUUCUAAUUGGACUGGCGAGAAAUCCCCCUAUGACGUAUUAGAACUAGAGAGAGACGCGGAUGAAGAGCAAGUAAAAGUCGCUUACAGGCGCUUGGCCAAGUUUUAUCAUCCUGAUGUCUAUGAUGGUAGAGGCAAUCUCGAGGAAGGUGAAACAGCUGAAACCCGAUUUAUUAAAAUCCAAGCAGCUUAUGAGCUGCUUGUUGAUGGAGAGAGAAGGAGAAAAUACGAUAUGGAAAACCGGGUGAACCCAAUGAAGGCAUCUCAAGCAUGGAUGGAGUGGCUCAUAAAGAAGCGAAAAGCAUUCGACCAACGAGGUGGAAUGGCAAUUGCAGUAUGGGCUGAGCAGCAGCAGCGUGAAAUAAACUUGAGAGCACGACAACGUACUCGAUCAAAGGUUGAUCCUGAAGAAGAGAAAAGGAUUGUAGCAAAGGAAAAGAAGGCAUCUGUAGAGAACUUCCAGACCACACUUAGGAGGCAUACACUUGUGUUAAAGAAGAGGGACUUAAUGCGUCGAAAGAAAGCUGAAGAGGAAAAGGAUAAAGAGAUUCGGCGUCUGUUAGCCUUAGAGGGAUUUGAAUUGGAAAGUGAAGAUGAGUAGCUGCAUGUUUGGAUUCAGUUCAUUCAACUUUUAAUGGUAUACAUUCUCAUUUAUUGAUAGUUUUGUACAAAAAUGUUUAACUGUAUAUACAUGCUGGAGACGGCAAACAGAGUAUUUAUGAAAGCAAAAGAAAUGAAAAGGAGGGAAUUAAUGA